UCAAUAUUUGCUUUAAAUAUUAGAAUGAGCGUUGUCCUUUUUAAAUUUAUUUGGCUGCCUUGAACUGAUCUGAUACUGAAGCAAGCAACCAAACAAAUCAAGAAAUUAUUGCUUUCAUAUCGUGGCAAUCUUAACAUGCCCGAAUUCCAAAGGAUGAUAUCAACUUUUGUCAGAGUGUAUUGACUUUAUACAAUUACUGCGGGCUGCUCCGGAAGGACGCCAUCAUCAAAUUCAGUGAACUCAUCUCACGAAGGAAAAGAAAAUGUUGAUGCGAUUCUCCCUUCAAAGAGUGAAGAACUUAAGGGCUUUAAGGCCUGAGGUUUUGGCUUCUGCGACCUCUCGUUUCUCUACUGCGACUGAACCCUCUUUCAAUCACCGUAAUCCUCCGAGGGUUCCUAAUCUUAUUGGAGGUGCUUUUGUUGAUUCAAAAUCUACAGCAACUAUUGACGUUUUAAACCCUGCAACACAAGAAGUUGUUUCACAAGUUCCUUUAACUACAAAUGAAGAGUUUAAAGCUGCAGUGGCUGCAGCAAAGCAAGCUUUCCCAUCAUGGCGCAAUACCCCAGUUACAACUCGUCAGCGUAUCAUGUUCAAACUCCAAGAGCUUAUUCGGAGGGACAUGGAUAAACUUGCAAAGAAUAUUACAACUGAACAGGGCAAGACAUUGACGGAUGCUCGUGGAGAUGUCUUCCGGGGGCUUGAGGUGGUGGAACAUUCUUGUGGAAUGGCAACUCUGCAAAUGGGCGAGUAUGUCCCCAAUGUAUCUAGUGGAAUUGAUACGUACAGUGUUAGAGAGCCACUUGGCGUUUGUGCAGGGAUUUGUCCCUUCAACUUUCCAGCAAUGAUUCCUUUAUGGAUGUUCCCUGUUGCAGUUACAUGUGGUAAUACCUUUAUUUUAAAGCCAUCGGAAAAGGAUCCUGGGGCAUCUAUAAUGCUGGCUGAAUUAGCAAUGGAAGCUGGUUUGCCUCAUGGUGUCCUAAAUAUUGUUCAUGGCACCAAUGACAUUGUUAAUGCUAUUUGCGAUGAUGAUGAUAUCAGAGCUGUAUCAUUUGUUGGUUCAAAUACUGCUGGCAUGCACAUAUAUGGAAGAGCUUCUGCUAAAGGAAAACGUGUUCAGUCCAACAUGGGGGCCAAAAAUCAUGGCAUUGUAAUGCCUGACGCAAACAAAGAUGCUACUUUAAAUGCUCUAGUUGGUGCUGGUUUUGGUGCAGCUGGACAAAGGUGCAUGGCACUUAGUACAAUAGUCUUUGUUGGUGACUCAGAAUCAUGGGAGAAAGAACUUAUAGAACGUGCUAAAGCACUUAAAGUGAAUGCUGGAACAGACCCUGAGGCAGACCUUGGUCCAGUAAUUAGCAAACAGGCUAAGGAACGAAUAUGCAGAUUAAUUCAAUCUGGGGUUGAGAGUGGUGCCAAACUACUGCUUGAUGGGCGAAAUAUAGUGGUUCCAGGAUAUGAGCAAGGCAAUUUUAUUGGUCCCACAAUUUUAUCUGGUGUCACAGCUGACAUGGAGUGCUAUAAGGAGGAAAUCUUUGGCCCAGUUCUCAUUUGCAUGAAGGCUGACAGCUUGGAAGAGGCUAUAAACAUUGUUAAUCGAAACAAGUAUGGCAAUGGUGCUUCUAUAUUCACUACAUCUGGUGCGGCUGCGAGGAAAUUCCAGACAGAGAUUGAGGCUGGGCAGGUUGGCAUCAAUGUUCCCAUACCAGUUCCCUUGCCGUUUUUCUCAUUUACUGGCUCUAAGGCAUCUUUUGCAGGCGAUCUUAAUUUUUACGGCAAGGCUGGAGUUAAUUUUUACACCCAGAUCAAAACAGUGACACAACAAUGGAAGGAUUUACCAAGCAGCAGUGGAGUUUCCUUAGCAAUGCCAACAUCACAGAAGUUGUAAUUCAAUGUGACAAUGUUGUUCUUUCAGCAGUAGUAUGUACUCUGCCAUAAACUAAUGUCAAGGUCUUUCCUACUUUGUAUCUUUUAACUGGUUCCCUACCAAUUGUCAAGUAAAUAAGACGGGAAAAAGGCAGAAACAAAUUAGAAAAAUGUUUUUAAUUUUAGGUGGAAAAAAAGAUCAUUUACAUA